UAAAGGAGCGCCAGUUUUCUUGAAACUUCUGCUCUGCACGGACCCGAACACACUCAUGCUUUAAACAUGGUUCUCCUUGUAAACAAUUCUCCACUCUCCGACACCCCUCGGAGUCUGAACUGGUUAUACAAUCAGUAUCCGUCCUUGAAGGACGGAGCUAAACAGUUGGCUGGGACGGAACCAAAACAGAUUCACAGCUCCGGGUCCUUGUUUGUAUCUGCCCGGGAGUAUGCUGUUACUCACUCUCAGGACAGUAAACUAUCUGUGGUUGGAACAGAUAAUCUCAUUAAUAACACAGCCAUCAUUAUCAGAAAUUCAGGAACUGGUGCUCUGUUGUUUGCCCAUGUUGACCGGAUGAGUGAAGACGACCUGUCAACAAUGCUGGAGAAGCUAGGUCAUACAACAGGCAAACUUCAACUCCAUCUAGUGGGAGGAUUUGCGGAUACAAAGAAUGUGUCUGAAUCUCUUCUCUCUCCUGUCCUCUCCAUCCUACACAGGAGUUCACACAACCUAGACCUUGUCACUUGCUGUAUAGGAGAGGCGUGUACUGUGAUGAGGGGCGGGGCACCCUGGCCCCUCCUCUACGGGGUGGGUGUCUACGUCAAGAACGGAUUAAUGUUUCCUGCAUCAUUCUUGGACCGUGGACCAGACCUAGAUCUUAGGUUGGCUAGAACACUGACCGGUGGUGAGGGGGUUGGUAUGCUGGAUAUAUACUCCCCUGAGAGAGAAGAACUGCGGAUAGGACCAUUCUCCUACCUUCCCAUGAGAUCAGUAGAUAUAUGGUUGGGACAAUCAGAUGAUUUUAUUCUACAGAGUUUAACACCAUGUCCUGAGGUUGUAACAGAUAGAGAAGGUUUUGUAAGACAGGUUCGGGAUACAUUGAGAAUAGUUAAAUCUCAUCCAUACCCAUCCGUUACACUUUUCCAAUCUAACUCACCAAGAACUUACAGGAAAGACGAACUUUCGGGGCAUUGGAUUCCUUCAAACAAUUCCAGCUUUUGGAGUCUACCCUUCCCUAUGCAGUGUGCUACUAAACCUGAACCUCAGAUUCCGUUUCAAGACGACCUUUGUCUCAACUUCAAGCAGGAGAGCUUUCUGGCUUGGCAGGGGUUUCAGGAACCUCAGGUCUACUAUUAAACUCUGGGUUUUAGGAACCUCAGGUCUACUAUUAAACCCUGGGUUUUAGGAAUCUCAGGUCUACUAUUAGAACUAGGGGUUUAAGGAACCUUAGGUCUAAUUUGAAAGGUUUUAUGCUGAGUUUGGGGUUUUACACUCUGAGGUUCCAAAAUUUUUGGUCUAGAGGUUUAAAGCCCAGGUUUUAGGGCUAAGGGAUAAAUUUUGAACGACUGUGAUACAAAAUAAUAUGGACUGGAGAACCAGUGAUCUCGUUCUUUUUCUUUCUUAUUUUCUUUCUCUUUUUUCUAUUUUAUUCUUUCCUUCUCUCAUUUUUUCUCCCUUUUUCUA